AUGGGUAAGGAGGAGAAGACUCACAUCAACGUCGUCGUCAUCACUGGUCACUUGAUCUACCAGUGCGGUGGUAUUGACAAGCGUACCAUCGAGAAGUUCGAGAAGGAAGCCGCCGAACUCGGCAAGGGUUCUUUCAAGUAUGCGUGGGUUCUUGACAAGCUCAAGGCCGAGCGUGAGCGUGGUAUCACCAUCGACAUUGCCCUCUGGAAGUUCGAGACUCCCAAGUACUAUGUCACCGUCAUUGACGCUCCCGGCCACCGUGAUUUCAUCAAGAACAUGAUCACUGGUACCUCCCAGGCUGACUGCGCUAUCCUGAUUAUCGCUGCCGGUACUGGUGAGUUCGAGGCUGGUAUCUCCAAGGAUGGCCAGACCCGUGAGCACGCUCUUCUCGCCUACACCCUGGGUGUCAAGCAGCUCAUCGUUGCCAUCAACAAGAUGGACACUGCCAACUGGGCUGAGGCUCGUUACCUUGAGAUCAUCAAGGAGACCUCCAACUUCAUCAAGAAGGUCGGCUUCAACCCCAAGACCGUUGCCUUCGUCCCCAUCUCCGGCUUCAACGGUGACAACAUGUUGGCCGCCUCCACCAACUGCCCCUGGUACAAGGGCUGGGAGAAGGAGACCAAGGCUGGCAAGUCCACCGGCAAGACCCUUCUCGAGGCCAUUGACGCCAUUGAGCCCCCCAAGCGUCCCACAGACAAGCCCCUUCGUCUGCCCCUUCAGGAUGUUUACAAGAUCGGUGGUAUCGGAACAGUCCCUGUCGGCCGUAUCGAGACUGGUAUCCUCAAGCCCGGUAUGGUCGUUACCUUCGCUCCCUCCAACGUCACCACUGAAGUCAAGUCCGUUGAGAUGCACCACGAGCAGCUCGUUGAGGGUGUCCCCGGUGACAACGUUGGUUUCAACGUCAAGAACGUCUCCGUCAAGGAUAUCCGCCGUGGUAACGUUGCCGGUGACUCCAAGAACGACCCCCCCAUGGGUGCCGCUUCUUUCAACGCCCAGGUCAUCGUCAUGAACCACCCUGGCCAGGUCGGUGCCGGAUACGCUCCCGUCCUCGAUUGCCACACCGCCCACAUUGCCUGCAAGUUCUCUGAGCUCCUCGAGAAGAUCGACCGCCGUACCGGUAAGGCUACUGAGGCCUCCCCCAAGUUCAUCAAGUCUGGUGACUCCGCCAUCGUCAAGAUGGUUCCCUCCAAGCCCAUGUGCGUUGAGGCUUUCACCGACUACCCUCCCCUGGGUCGUUUCGCCGUCCGUGACAUGCGCCAGACCGUCGCCGUCGGUGUCAUCAAGUCCGUCGAGAAGUCCACUGGUGCUACCGGCAAGGUCACCAAGUCCGCCGCCAAGGCCGCCAAGAAAUAA